CAGCCAUGCAAUAAUCUCAUGGCUUUAGGGCAAAAGAAACAAGAGAUGGAACAAAGAACUAUGUUCCAAUAACAAAAGAACAACAAUGUCAGAAACCCUGAUUUUAAAUCUCUUUUUAUUCUGAUCUUGGAUCUCCUCUGACUGUGUAUAAAAAUAAAACUCAAGAUCUGCCAAAAAAACCCCAAGCUCUCCUCUUAUCCAUUGCUUUUCCAGCUAAGUCUGUUGCUGAAACAUGGCACACAGUGUAAGGGACCAAAGACAUUUAACCCAGAUUCAAGGUACUCAGCCACCAGCACACCUCCAUAUUCUCUGAACUCACUUUAAAACUAUUGCUUUCUUGUCUCAAAGUAAACACACUUUGCAGUUGAGUUUGCCCAUACCAAGCUUGGUCCUUGUCUGAGACUUGGUCAGGGUUUUUAUGAACAUAUAUUUUCUGGAACAUUGAUUGCCUGAAAAUGGUUAAAUCCUGUUGGAAGCCAUCUGUUGAGUGUGAUUCUAGAGGGUGCCUUGAUGGUUUGUUGUGGUGUAAAGAUUUGGGGCAACAUGUUUAUGGAGAUUUCUCCAUGGCAGUGAUUCAAGCCAAUAGUUUGUUGGAGGAUCAAAGCCAACUCCAAUCGGGGUCGUUGAGUUCGAGCUGUUCCGGUCCGUAUGGGACUUUCGUCGGUGUGUAUGAUGGACAUGGUGGACCUGAGGCGUCCAGCUUCAUCAAUGACAACCUUUUCUGCAAUUUUAAGUCAUUUGUGUCUGAGAAUCAAGGCAUAUCGAUAAAUGAUCUCCGAAAGGCUUUCUUGGCAACGGAAGACGAAUUUCUUUCUCUAGUGAAGAAACAAUGGCUCAGUAAGCCGCGAAUGGCUUCGGUUGGAUCUUGCUGUUUGACAGGGUUGAUUUGCAAUGGACUACUCUACAUUGCAAAUGCCGGUGAUUCCAGAGUAGUCCUAGGCAGAUCAGUAAGAGGAACUAAGGAAGUUAUGGCGAUGCAGCUAUCGACCGAACACAAUGCGAAUUCUAAUGCCAUACGGGAUGAGCUCCGGUUAUCGCAUCCCGAUGAUCCACAGAUUGUUGUGAUGAAACACAAAGUUUGGCGUGUCAAGGGCCUGAUACAGAUUUCAAGAUCCAUUGGUGAUGCAUAUCUAAAGAAGGCAGAGUUCAACAAAGAGCCUCUCCUGCCUAAAUUUAGACUGUCCGAAUCGUUUCAAAAGCCGAUCCUUAGUGCCGAGCCAUCAUUGUUGGUACAUGAACUCCAUCCCGACGACCGGUUUCUCGUAUUUGUUUCGGAUGGUCUCUGGGAACACUUGAGCAACCAGGAGGUUGUCAAAAUUGUCCAGAUUAGCCCACGAAAUGGCAUUGCAAGGAGACUUGUUAAAGCUGCACUCAAGGAAGCAGCAAGGAAAAGAGAAAUGAGAUACUCAGACCUGAACAAGAUUGACAGAGGGGUGAGGAGACAUUUUCAUGAUGAUAUAACAGUCAUAGUUGUGUUUCUAGAUUCUCAUUUGAUCAACGUAAGCUCGAACUACUACUCUCCCGUUUCAAUAAAAGGCGGAGGCCGACUUGCCGCCACCGCAGCUGCCGUUGCCGGUGUCUAAUUGCCGGCAAAGAUUGAGAGCUAAAUUUCUCGGAACUUGAUCCUCAAAUUGCCAUACAAACAGGGUACUAACUUUAUUGGCAAAGAAACUUGGGAUGAGACUGCAACAUAAUGUGCAGAUAUGGUUUCAUGUAAUUUAGCUGCCAUAGUUGAUCAUGUCUCAUUCAUAAUCCAAAUUUGUGUUUUCUUAGGCCUUACAUGGUCAUGGUAUCUUUAUACUAAACAUUAAUGGCUAGUUUUGUUAUAUACUGCAAUAUCACAAUGAAAUACUCGU